CAUUAUACCUGGAAUAUGAUUGGGAUGCACGUAUUAGCUUUAAUAUUUUGUAUUUCUGGGACCGGAGCAGUUAUUGGUGCCAUCACGUCAAAUGAAUGGAAGGUGACAAGCCGAGCUACCUCUGUCAUUACCGCCACUUGGGUCUUUCAGGGUCUCUGGAUGAACUGUGCCGGGAAUGCUCUGGGCUCAUACCACUGCAGACCCCACUUAACCCUCUUUAGGCUGGAAGGUUUUAUGCAGGCCUGUAGAGCACUAAUGAUUUCUGCUAUAUGUUUGGGAUUCUUUGGAACUAUAUUCGGAUUUAUUGGGAUGAAGUGCACAAGAAUUGGAGGAAGUGACCAAACAAAAGCUAAAAUUGCCUGUUUAGCUGGACUUUUAUUCAUUUUUUCAGGUAUAUGUUCUUUAACUGGUUGUUCCCUGUAUGCACACAAAACCACCAGUGAAUACUUCGAUCCGUCUGUACCUCAAAAAUAUGAGUUUGGGACAGCAUUGUUUGUCGGGUGGGCUGGAGCUGCACUUUGCUUGGUGGGUGGCUGCAUCUUCUGUGCUACCCUUGUUGCUGAAAGAAACCAGCAGCCACGAACGGACUAUUCAUAUGCAGCAGCAUCAGUGAUCACUUCAAGGACAAGACCCUCCACAGCAGCGAAUCGGAUAUCCACUCCCAGAUCCUCAAAUGAAUUUAACAAAACAGCUUAUGUUUAAAGCAAUUUGGCCAACAAUAAUGACAUCAUACAAUUGUUAUUUGUAUACAAAGCAAGGAUUGCUUCUUUU